ACCCGGAUUGAGGGCGGAGUUAGGUGACUGGCAGCUCCGCCCUGGGAGAGCCAGGCGAGAAGCCGCGACGAGCUGAAGCCGGCGCUGGGCUGCCGCGCGGCCGCGUGCGCUUUAAUGGACCAUGUGCUACUGUUUAUGCAUGAAGUACUUGAAAUGCAAAACUGGAGACUUCGCCAUCUAAAUGCUUGACUGGAUUAAGCGCCAAGUUAGGAUGGUAUUUCAACAGGCUGGAGUAAACAUGCAAUCGGUACUUUGGUCUGGGAAGCCAUAUGGUUCAUCUCGAAGUAUCGUCAGGAAAAUUGGUUCUAACUUAUCUCUGAUCCAGUGUCCGAGAGUUCAGUUUCAGCUUACCAGCCCUGCAGCAGAAUGGAGCCCCAGCUACUCGGGAGAGGAGGCAGUGGCGUCUUUCGCUGAUGUUGGAUGGGUAGCCAGAGAAGAAGGAGAGUGUUCAAUGAGAAAGAGGACAGAGGUCAGGUCAAGGCAGCCCUCCCUUCAGGAGGAUCUUCCGUUCCUUGAGAAGCCUCCCAGCAGGUAUAUUUCCUUACCAAACCUGUCUUCAGAGGAGCCUCAAUCCAAGACUUCAACUCUAGCGAAUGAGGAAGCACUGCAGAAGAUCAGUGCCCUUGAAAAUGAACUCGCUGCUCUCAGAGCGCAGAUUGCCAAAAUUGUGACCCUGCAGGAGCACAAGAAUCUCACAGCAGAUCCUGCUGCAUCUGUUACUGCCCAGCCAGUUCCCCCCCCACCGCCUCCCCCCCCUCCCCCACCGCCUCCCCCCCCUCCCUCUGGACUCCACCAAAGUAAAUCUGCUGUUGACCUGAUCAAAGAGAGAAAAGAAAAGAGAGCCAAUGUUGAAAAGACUUUGGUUAAGAACUCUCCAAAGAAACAGGACAUGCCAAAUAUGCUAGAGAUUCUCAAAGAUAUGAAUAGUGUGAAGCUUCGGUCAGUAAAAAGGUCAGAACAAGAUACGAAGCCCAAACCAGUUGAUGCUACUGACCCGGCUGCUGUCAUAGCAGAGGCUCUGAAAAAGAAGUUUGCUUAUCGGUAUCGAAGUGAUAGCCAAGGUGAAACUGAAAAAGGAAUUCCAAAGUCUGAAUCAGAGGCCACCUCAGAAACAGUGUUGUUUGGACCACACAUGUUGAAGCCUACGGGGAAAAUGAAGGCCUUAAUUGAAAAUGCUUCAAAUUCCUAACGGACAACAAUAAGCUGAGAAAGACUUUCUUUGUUCAGCUGUUGAUUUGUUAGGUCUAUGUAGAAAUCAACACUAUUAGUAAAUACCUGACUUUAGUAUUCAGUACUCUCUUUAAAUCUAGUUAGAGGAUUAAGCAAGAACAAAACCAGUGUGCAUCUGUUCUUGCUUUUAUGAAAAGGUCAGUUCUGAAGUUUCCAUAAUGUCUUAUAUGCAACAUGUUUUUAAUAUCACAGCUGGGUGUUUAGCUUUCCAGUAUUGAAAACAGUUACAUAGUAUUCAGAACAAAGAAAGGACAUUUAUAGGUAUGAAUUUUUAACACUAAUUUAUCUGUACAAAUGUUUUAUAUACACAUAUUUGGAUAUAAAACAAUCUGAAAAUUUUAGAAAUGAUGGCAAUAAGAAUACAAUUAUUGUCAUUCAUUUUCAGUGAUCAUUUUGUCAGUGUUGGAACAACUUUGAUACAACACAAGUUGUUAGAGUGACAUAUUUGAGUUUGGAAUCUUUCUUGCCUUGAACAGAACAUUUAUUUAUCUGAGAUUCUUGCAUUUUCUUGGAGAUGGAAUUUGAAUAGGAACCAGAAAAUGUUCACUGCUGAAAUUUUAUAAUGUAUAGAAUUAAACUUUAAAGGGAAGACAAAACCCAAGAAAGCCAUUUCCCCCCGAGUGCCAUCCAGUACUGAGCAAGAAAUUACAGUUUUCAAAUAGAAAGGAAUGAAAUUAUUGAAUUAGAUAUCUUUUAAAGUAAAACCCGGAAGGUACCAUCAUUUUCUUUUUAUAAAUAGCAUCAUAAAGAUGACUUGUUGCUAAGUUAAUUCUUCUGUGAAUGUCAGCAUUAUGGACUUAAGUUUAACUGUUGGUCAAAAUGACAUCUUUUAAAUAGGUGAUAGAAUUUCCCUUGCUAUCAUUGGUCAGAAUGCUGUUCUGUUGAAUUACAUUAUGCAACAUAAGCAUACGGUGUUAUUACAAAGUGGAGAAUGGCCCUUGUCAUCUAGAGCUUCUGAGGAGUUGGCUGGAAGUGAUCAUUUUAGAAUGCUUGUAAGUCUUCAUGAUUUUUCUGUAUUUCUGUUAUUCUCAGAGAUAGCUAAUACUGGAAUCUCCUACCAUGAGUAAAUAUUUGGAUUUAUUAUUUAAGUCUAAUUUAAUAAGUUGGACCUUCUAGGGGGAUUCAGAUGUAGGAAAAGUAGAUAGUUUUAAGUUAUUGAAAAUAUGUGCAAUGUUCUAAAUAUUAGCAAAUAAUAAUUGAAGUAAUUUACAUGAUCUGGUUAUUAAGUUUAAAUUUCACCUGUGGCUUAUUUUACACGUAUUGAUGUGUACUGUUUGUAAUUGUUUUAUAUGGUUUAAAAAUUCUGCCUUUAAAAAAAUUCAUAAAAUUCUCCUGACAUUCCAAGAAAUUUUGAUUUGUAUCAGUAUUGGAUCGUGGCCAGUGCUCCAAUAAGGAAGUUACUGUUUCGAAAUAAAGCAAACUUUAUUUUCCUUGGA